GUGAUUAUCAUUUACGUAGAGCAUCAAUCAGUGUGUAAGAAGGUAGCAAGCUGAAUAAUAAAAUGGCGCUGAAAGUGGAAGUCUACGAGAAGGAGAACGUGAAGCCAUUCAUUCCAACCCCGGAAUCAUUAAACGCUUAUAAGCUCUCCCUUCUUGAUCAAAUAGCCGGGACUUUUUACAUGCCCGUUGUCUUCUUCUACGCCCACUCCGCCGCCUCUCCCCACCAUGAUUACGAACGCCUCAAAUUAUCACUCUCCAAGGCGCUUUCUUCCUGCUACCCACUCGCCGGCAGGCAGAAGGAUGAGUUCACGGUCGUGUGCAACGACGCCGGCGCCGAUUUUUUUCGGGCAAACGUUACGAACCGCGAUAUGUGCGAGCUCCUCGGGCACCCGCGGCUCGACCUUCUCCGGCAGCUCUUCCCCCGUGACCCGUACCCGACGGAUUUCGACCCUUCCCAGCCCUUGCUAGCUGUUCAGGUCAACAGAUUUCGGUGCGGCGGAACGGCGGUGGCGAUAUGCCUCUGGCACGCUCUCGCCGAUGGGUCUGGGCUUCUAGGGCUCCUGCAGACCUGGUCGCGGUUCAACCGUGGAGAAGGCCCGGCCGCCGACGCUUCCGCCAACCACCAUGAAGGCAGUUUUGUCGUCGACCCCACUCUGAUUUUCCCUCCGGUGAACUUCGAGAUCCCGGCAGUGAUAUCCUCUGAAGCAGCGCGGAGGAGACGGGUCAGUGGAACAUACAUCGGAAAACGGUUCGUUUUCGCCAAGAAAGAGAUCGAACGCAUAAAAGACGAGAUGCAGAUGAUCCCGCCUUGCUUCGGCCGCCCCCGCCCGACUCGCGUGGAAGCGCUGUCCGCUUUCAUAUGGGCUGCCGUGAUCAGGGCAACUCUUCGAGUCACCCCGAACCUGAAGACGCACCUUCUAACGAACGUGGUGGACCUGCGACGGAGGAUGGACCCACCAUUCCCUCCCACCUGUCUGGGAAAUAUCAAUCAAAUAACUGACGCCAAAUGGGCGGCAGACGCUGGAGCGGGAGCCAUUACCGGCCAGUCCGUAAUCGGAAGCGUUCGAGAAGCCAUCGUGAAGGUGAACGACGGGUACGUGAGGAAAAUGCAUGGGGGUGGCGGAUAUCUCAGACAAAUAAUUGAGGCCAGAAAAGUGAAGGAUUCUAGUGGGAGCAAUAUGAAAGAAGAAGAAAAAGAAGAGAGGUUACUUUACAUGAGCACUUGGUUCAAGUUUGGGUGUCUAAAGGUUGACUUUGGGUGGGGGAAACCUCGGUGGCUGGGUCCGGGUAAUAGUUUGGGUGAUUUGGCUCUCUUAUUGGACGCGGAAGAUGGGGGCAUUGAAGUUUGGGUUGGGUUGCCCAAACCAAUUAUGAACCAUGUUGACCAAGAUCUUGACUUCACUUCACAUGUGGCUUUUAGUCAAAUUAUUUGGAACCCGUCGGAACUUCAACAACUGUUAUCAUCUCGACUAUAAACUUCCACACGUUCAUGCUUUAAGUAAGCUACGGAGUAUAUGUAUAUCUUUAAAUUUGAAUGCCCAGCCAUAUGAAAAUAUGGUAAUCAGAAUCAGUAUGACUAUUCACUUUUUUCUAUUAAGUCUUUGUCUAAAUUAAAAUGUCUACUUAUAUUAUGAUAUCUAUCUGAAUAAAAUGAUACUCCAUAUUCAUAAACUCCCACCAUCCCUUAUUACUUAGUCAAACACUAUUUUUGUUAAAUAUACAAAAGUGACGCACUACAAAAAAA